CGCAUGUCGAUGGCUUUCAUUGUGGGCGCAGUGAGUUAACAGAUGAGCACUAAUCGGGAUCACCCAAAAUACAACAUAAACUAUAAUCUACAGCAUUACCAAGAGAAGAGAGACAACAGAAAAAGAAGAAAUAAGAGGACUGGCUGCUUGACAUGGAUUGUCCAGACCUCUGCCAUACAAUACUUUUCAAGAGGACAGAGUGAUACUUUUUUGUUUAAUUAGAUGAUUUAAAACACACUAGAUAUCUCAUCAUUUUUUAAGAUUUAUACCGAUUAGGAAUCGGUUCUGAAACGGAUCACUAUAUCUUUUUCAACUUUUUGAACAAAACCAAACAAAAGUGGAAUGUGAUCGCAGGUAUUGGAUGUAUAUUGGAUUUAUAAAGGGCGCCGGGAGGCACAGAGUGAUUUAGACACAGAGCAUCUGAAUCCUGCGUCUGGACGACAUUAUAAAAGUAAAAUAUGGGGAAUAUUGAGAGUGUGGACGGGCAAUAUGAGAUGAAGCAUCAUAUCAUGCCUUUGAAAGUUCCCAUGCCUGACCCAACAGAGCUGGAAGAAAGAUUUGCCAUUGUUUUGAACUCUAUGAACCUGCCCCCAGAUAAAGCACGUCUCCUCCGGCAGUAUGAUAAUGAGAAGAAGUGGGACCUCAUCUGUGACCAGGAGCGUUUCCAAGUGAAGAAUCCUCCACAUACAUACAUCCAGAAACUACGUGGAUAUUUAGACCCAAGAGUCACACGCAAGAAAUUCCGCAGAAGGGUUCAGGAAUCCACCAAAGUCCUGCGAGAGCUGGAGAUAUCACUGAGAACCAAUCACAUAGGGUGGGUUCGUGAGUUCCUCAACGAUGAGAACAGAGGCCUGGACAUCCUGGUGGAGUAUCUCUCCUUCGCCCAGUGUGCCGUCAUGUUGGAUUUUGAAGGGCUGGAGAAUGGUGAGGACUUUUCGCUUGACAAGGCUAAGUCCUGGAGCAGGUCCAUUGAGGAUCUGCACCAGAACGGCUGCAAUACACUGGUGCGCUCUGCACGACAAUCCGUCCUCCGUUAUGGCUCAGCUGCCAACAGCAAAACCAUCAAGAACUCCAGAUUAGUCAGUCAAAAGGAUGAUGUGCACGUGUGCAUCAUGUGUCUCAGAGCAAUCAUGAACUAUCAGUAUGGAUUCAACCUUGUCAUGUCUCACGCGCAUGCAGUCAACGAGAUCGCCCUAAGUUUGAACAAUAAGAACCCAAGAACAAAGGCACUGGUCCUGGAGCUGCUGGCUGCUGUGUGUUUGGUGCGAGGAGGCCAUGAAAUCAUCCUCUCAGCGUUUGAUAACUUCAAAGAGGUAUGUAAGGAGAAGCACCGCUUUGAGAAGCUGAUGGAGUAUUUCCGUAGUGAAGAUGGGAACAUCGACUUCAUGGUGGCUUGUAUGCAGUUCAUCAACAUCGUGGUCCAUUCGGUGGAGGACAUGAACUUCCGUGUACAUCUGCAGUAUGAGUUCACUAAGCUGGGGCUUGAUGACUUCCUGGAGAAAUCCAAGCACACCGAGAGUGAUAAGUUGUCGGUGCAGAUCCAGGCUUACCUGGACAAUGUGUUUGAUGUUGGAGGUCUGUUGGAGGACGCUGAAACAAAGAAUGUGGCCCUGGAGAAAGUGGAGGAGCUGGAAGAGCAUUUGUCACAUGUGACAGAGAAGCUUUUAGAUGUUGAGAAUGAGACCAUGACAAAGGUAGCAGACCUGGAGAAACAACUGUUACACAAAGACAAGGAACUGACAGCCAUAAAGGAGACAUAUGAGUCCACUAGCUCACAGGUGCACACACUGCGGCGAAUGAUCCAGGAGAAGGAUGCUGCCUUCCAGAGGCACAACAACAUCAAGAAGCAAUUGCUGGAGCUGGAGCAGCAGGGCACCAUCCGUUUACGCAAGCAGCCUGAUGGGGAUAUUGCUAUUGAGGCUCUGGGUGGAGGAGGACUUGUUGGUGGAGCAGUGACUGGAGCAUCUCUGGGAGACCUGGGCUUACUUACUGCAAGCAUGAGUGGGAGUGGCGGUCUGGGUGUCACUUCACCUGCUGCUACUGAAGCUGUUGCUCCACCACCACCUCCACCUGCCCCACCACUCCCUUCAGAAGUCGAGUGUGUUCCUAUUCCUCCUCCACCUCCUCCACCUCUGCCUGGACCAUCACCAUCAGUCAUCCUUAGUGUCGGCUUAUCAGCCAUACGCAUCAAGAAACCCAUAAAAACCAAGUUCCGCCUUCCUGUCUUCAACUGGACUGCACUGAAACCCAACCAGAUCAAUGGCACCGUCUUCAACGAGAUUGAUGAUGAGCGUGUGCUUGAGGAGUUGGAUCUGGAGAAGUUUGAGGAGCUGUUCAAGACGAAAGCCCAGGGUCCUGUGGUGGAUCUGUUGUGCUCAAAGAGCAAGGUUCCCCACAAGGCUGUCAACAAAGUGCAGCUGCUUGAUGCCAAUCGCUCGAAGAACUUGGCCAUCACUCUGCGCAAGGCCAACAAGACCUCGGAGGAGAUUUGCAAAGCCAUUCAAACGUUUGAUCUUAAAGCCCUGCCGGUGGAUUUUGUGGAAUGCCUGAUGCGGUUUCUGCCCACAGAGGCUGAGAGUAAACUACUGCGUCAGUACGAGCGUGAGAGGAGACCUCUGGACCAACUCUCUGAGGAAGACCGUUUCAUGCUCCUCUUCAGCAAGAUUGAGCGGCUCACUCAGAGAAUGAGCAUCAUCACAUUUGUGGGCAACUUCAAUGAUAAUGUCAACAUGAUGACACCGCAACUCAAUGCCAUCAUCGCCGCAUCAGCGUCAGUGAAGUCUUCUCCAAAGCUAAAGAAGAUUCUUGAAAUCAUUCUGGCCCUGGGCAACUACAUGAACAGUAGUAAAAGAGGCUCGGUGUAUGGUUUCAAACUUCAGAGUCUGGAUCUGCUGCUAGAUACUAAGUCUACUGACCGGAAGAUGACACUGCUUCACUACAUUGCUCUAGUCGUCAAAGAGAAGUAUCCUGAACUGACUACCUUCUACAAUGAACUGCACUUUGUGGAUAAGGCUGCAGCAGUCUCUCUGGAGAACGUGUUGUUGGAUGUUAAGGAGCUGGGUAAGGGCAUGGAUCUGGUCAGGAGAGAGUGCAGUCUGCACGACCACGCUGUACUCAAGGGCUUCCUCCAGACCAGCGAUACACAGCUGGACAAACUACAGAAAGACUCCAAGACUGCUGAGGAGGCCUUCAACAAUGUGGUGCUUUACUUUGGGGAGAGUCCUAAGACCACGCCGCCCUCUGUGUUCUUCCCAGUGUUUGUACGGUUCAUCAAAGCCCACAAGGAGGCUGUGGAGGAGAACGAACAGAGGAAGAAGCAAGAGGAAGCCAUGAGAGAAAAACUACUAGCACAGGAGGCCAAACAGCAUGACCCCAAGGUCCAGGCUCAAAAGAAGCGACAGCAGCAGCAGGAAAUGAUCGCAGAGCUCCGGCGCAGACAGGCCAAGGACCACCGGCCUGUAUAUGAGGGCAAAGAUGGCACCAUUGAAGACAUUAUCACAGCAGAACAGGGGAUUAAUCUGGGUAAAUUUGAGCACAGAAUAAUUGAAGGAUCUCCGAAGCCAGCCCUUCCUGCGAGCUGAUGCGGUGAUCCGGAAUGGGUGGAAGCGACCCUAAAGACCCCCCACUCACUCACCCCCCGCCCCGCUUUCUUCUGAAAUGGCGUCUUCCUGCAAUUCAAAGUGACUGAGGGAAGUGCAGGACCAAACCAGUGUCUUUGGUUUUAAGGGGGUGGGGAAGUUGUUAUUUAUUUAUGGAAAUCCUUUUUGGAUUCUGCACUGGAGGCUCUUUCAAUAAAGCCAUAAGAGCACAGACAUUAAGGGCUGCCUCAUGAACGCUUGCGCACGCAAAUCUGAGGAGUGUCUGUAAAAGCUUGAGUUGGCACAGGAAAAAUGCUUGUGGUUGACACACAGACGGCGGUAACACUAUCCUGCUGACCAUGAAGAGACUUCCAACGGGAUUUCACGCCCAUUAACGUGGAUUUCCUUUUAUUGUGCAAUGUAAGCGUGACUUUCUGUCUGAGGUCACUGACUUUAAGGCCAGAGCCCGUUUUGUACAGCUCUUUAUUAACUAUGAACUCAAAUGAUUUGUUAAUCCUAUUCAACUACCUGGAAUGGACUAGUCUGUCUCCAGUAUUUUAAACCAGACUAGUACUAUGGUUACAAAGAAGUGCCUUUCUCUUCAGUAUUAUUUCUUAUAGCCAAAAUUGAUGUAUCUAAGUUUAUACUUGUUAAUCAUUAUGUUGUAACAUUUCUAAUGCUCAAUGUAAAUACAUACAGAUAUCCAAAAAUGCAUUGCAACUUUAACAAAAGAGCCUGAAUAAGUGCUCUAUUUGACUGACAAUGUGCCUUGUUUUGAUGGUGCCUUCUUCACCCCGCUUUCUAAAUGUCUAAUGCACAUGUAUCAGAACAGUGUACAUAACGUUAUGCCAUGCAGUGAAACUUCUCAGAGAAUAACGCUCUGAUCCGUUCUUUACCCCACAAAUGUAUAAGGUAUAAAUGCAUUUUACUCUGUUUUAAAAGAAUAUCCAAUGGGAAGCACUCCAGUAUUGUAAAGAUAACAAUCAUUUGGGUGUGCAGUUUGUACUUGUUCACUCUAAACCAGUUGCCCAUGUUAGUAAAAUGAAGGACAGUCCUCAUGGUUUGAAAGAAUUAAUUCAUUUGGUUUAAACCAACAGUUACGUUUUAUAAGAUGGAUUUUAUUAUAUAAUAUGGCCCUAAUCGAAUAAUUAUUCUCUUUGCACUAUCAUUGAAAAAGAGCAGAUUAUCCAAAUAGUGACUCGAUAUGAAAUAGAGCUUUAUUUUAGCAAUAAAUAACGCGAGGCCGCGCUUUACUGUGAAUAACGUUAGUUAAAGCCGGUUAUAUUUACAAUUCACUACGGCCUCAAGUGCUUAUUGCUUUUACAAAACAAAGUGUUUUAGACAAUGACAGAAUGUAUUAUUACGUGAUGAAAAAUACAUUAGGUGGAGUCUUUCCGUGAGAAGAGAGAAAAUGACCCCGACAAAAGCCUGCUAUGCAACAGGAAGAGAACUUGCAGGUGUUCUCAACGGGUGCUUCGCGUCAUAGCUGUUGGAACGCUGUUCUGACCUAUCAGGAUGCCAGGACCGGAAGUGUCCGUUUUAUUUAAAAAGGGACACAUUACCAUAUGAUUCGAGCUCAAGAGAAGUGAACACAUGUAAACUAAACACUAACAAUUUUUGUAUGUUCUUGGGAGUUACUCCUUAGACUGAACUUUUUUUAUAUUGUCGGACAGAAACUAAAUCAAGCCAUUUGGGAGGAAACACAAAGCACAAGAUGAAUGUACCAAAGUUUUAAAGUUAUUUGGUUGAAAUGGACCAGUGAAUGCAGCAGUUAACUGGAUAUUCUUUUGAAGUGGCAAAUAAAAAUAUUUGAGACUCGACUUUGCCUUUAUGACGAUUUCAUCAAGUGGGACAACUUUUGGAU